UUACAGGCGUGAUUUAAAAAAGAAAGGGGCACGCAGGCAGGCAGAGGCAGUGGGACUGACUGGCCUUGGACCGCAAACGGAUCCGAAUCCUUCGUCCCCUCCAAUCCAAAAACAUUUGACUUUCCUUCUUCUGCAGAUCCUUAAACAGCAUUGUUUAAACAAAUGUACGAACAAAAAAAACUAAGCUAAAAGGCCGCCGAUCCAUAUACAGAAUCUAAAAUCUUACAAUGGCUGAGGACGAUAGCCAAAGCCAAGAACUUGCAACGGUCCGAGAGCUUUGUGCCAAUGGGGUUUGCAUGAGAACAACAGACGUUGAAGCCAAACUGGACGAAGGCAAUAUCCAUGAAGCUGAAUCUUCUUUACGCGAAGGCUUGUCCCUUAACUUUGAGGAAGCGAGGGCUCUUUUGGGAAGAUUAGAGUAUCAAAGAGGAAAUGUAGAAGGGGCACUUCGGGUUUUUGAUGGGAUUGAUCUGCAAGCUGCAAUCCAACGGCUGCAACCUUCUGUUAAUGAGAAUUCUAAUUCCUCUUCUUUUUCUUCUUAUUCUUCUUCCAUCUCCUCUCAUAAAAAAGGCCGUGCUAAUCGUGAUUCGCAGACUGCCGUUUCGCAACACGCUGCCAGCCUCGUUCUUGAAGGUGUUUACUUGAAGGCCAAGUCCCUUCAAAAGCUUGGAAGAUUUACUGAGGCUGCUCAGGAUUGUACAAAUGUGCUUGAUGCCGUGGGAAGGAUAUUUCCUCAAGGCAUACCUGGUGUGCAAGUUGAGAAUCGAUUGCAGGAGACAGUUAGUCAAGCCGUUGAGCUGCUUCCAGAGCUUUGGAAGCAGGCUGGUAAUUAUCAAGAAGCAAUGUCUGCUUAUAGGCGUGGACUUCUCCAUCUAUGGAACUUAGAAAAUGAUUGUUGUGCACGGAUUCAGAAAGCAUUUGCAGUUUUUCUCUUGUAUAGUGGGUUGGAGGCUGGUCCUCCUAGUUUAGGUGCUCAAGUUGAUGGUGCUUAUGUACCAAAAAAUAAUUUGGAAGAGGCUAUUCUGCUUUUGAUGGUUCUUGUGCAAAAAAUUCAUCAGGGUAUAAUACAGUGGGAUCCAUCUGUUAUGGAUCACUUAACAUAUGCACUCUCUCUAUGCAGCCAAACUCCUGUUUUAUCUAAGCAGCUAGAAGAGCUCAAGCCUGGAGUAGUUCAGCGUAUUGACCGUUGGAAUACCUUAGCUCUUUGUUGCAGUGCUGCAGGACAGAAUAAGUAUGCCUUGAAUCUACUAAGAAAGUCUCUGCAUAAACAUGAGCGACCUGAUGAUCUCACAGCAUUGUUGUUGGCUGCCAAGAUCUGUAGUGAGGAUUCCCAUCUUGCAGCUGACGGAGUAGGAUAUGCACAGAGGGCAAUCAAUAAUGCCCAAGGGGUGGAUGGACAUCUGAAGGGUGUUGGUUUUCGUAUGUUAGGUCUUUGUUUGAGACAGCUAGCUAAAAUUGCUUUCAAAGACACUGAAAGGUCUCAUCUUCAGUCUGAAGCACUACUAUUUUUAGAUGCAGCAAUUUUUUUUGAGCAGGACAAUGCUGAUAUAAUAUUUGAGCUGGGAGUUCAACAUGCAGAGCAGCGGAAUUUGAAUGCUGCUUUGCAUUAUGCAAAGAAGUACAUUGAUGUAACAGGUGGCUCCGUAUUAAAAGGUUGGAGAUUGCUUGCUCUAGUUUUGUCUGCUCAACAUCGAUUCUCAGAGGCUGCGGUAGUCACUGAUGCUGCUUUGGAUGAGACUGCUAAAUGGGAGCAAGGACCACUGCUCAGGCUGAAAGCAAAACUGGAGAUCUCCCAAUCACGACCCAUGGAUGCUAUUGAAACUUAUCGUUACCUCCUUGCAUUGGUUCAGGCCCAAAGAAAAUCAUUUGGUCCUAUGAGAAUUGAUUCUCAGAUUGGGGAUGAUAAAGUAAAUGAAUUUGAAGUUUGGCAUGGUCUCGCAAAUCUGUACUCUAGUCUUUCACACUGGAAGGAUGUAGAAAUAUGUCUGAGAAAAGCCAGAGAGAUGAAGCAGUAUUCCGCCAAACUACUUCAGACAGAAGGCGUUAUGUGUCAAGAACGUGGAGAAAUCCAAGAAGCAAUGUCUGCUUAUAUUAAUGCUAUUUUGCUAGAACCAUCUUAUGCACCUUGCAAAGUACUGAUUAGUGCAAUGUUGUCCAAGAUGGGCUCGAACUCAGUGCCUGUGGCAAGAACCUUACUCUCAGAUGCAUUGAGGAUUGAACCUACCAACCAUAAGGCUUGGUAUUACUUAGGUAUGAUACAGAAGGAUGAUGGGCGCCUUACUGAAGCCAUAGAAUCCCUCCAGGCCGCCUAUAUACUUGAAGAGUCGGAUCCUGUUGAAAGCUUUAGAUCUCUCCUUUAACAGGCACCCAAGUAUUUCAGCCAAAUCUGUAAAUGUAACUUUAAUCAUCACCUUACCCUGAGUACAGGGAUGGCUCUGGGAAUAUGUGCCUUUGGCACUUUUGCAUUCUGUUGCUUCCUUGCUACCAUAAAGAAAGGAUCAAGUGAAAUGGGACUGGAAUAUUGGGAAGGAAAAUAAGAUCAAAAAAGAGAGCAAACUCCUGAUAAUUUGGUUCAUUUGUAGGAAAAGUAGUAAAGGGGCUCUCCUAAGGUCUCUUAUGUGUUUCUUGCUUAGCCUGCCUCUUGCUGUUUUACAAGUAAAUUUUAUUCUUUUGCUUAAUCUUGCUUCUGUAUCAACUGCAUAUUGCUUUGAUCUUUAUUUUACAGAUUUGCUGUAAUUAAAGAUAAAGAGGAGAAAAAAAACUGAUUGUUUCAUUUGUCUAU